AUGUCUGAUAAACUGCAAAACGAGGAUGCAAGGUCUGAAACUCAUUCAGUGAAGGACUUUGCCCCUUCGUCAUACAUCAACGACCGCCCGUACGGGGGGUUUGAAGAUGCCACCGGGGAAAUCAAUGAUUUGGCCAGAACCAUUUCCAGAGCCUCUCAAGUCUCCGCCAAGACCAAGAAUUCUGAAGAUUUAAUUAGAUACUUGUCUCAUAUGUCUGCUGUUCCAGGUGUAGCUCCAUACGCAGGUGAAGAUGUGGACCCGGCUUUGAACCCAGACAGUCCAGACUUCAAUGCCAAGUUUUGGGUUAAGAAUAUGAGAAAGUUGAUGGACUCAGACCCUGAUUACUAUAAGCCUUCCUCCUUGGGGGUUGCCUACAAGGACUUGAGAGCUUACGGUGUUGCCAGUGACUCUGAUUAUCAACCUACUGUCACUAACGCUGUUUUCAAAUAUGUCACUGAAUUUUUCAGAGGAUUGAGAAAGCCUAACGAUGACAUUUACUUCGACAUCUUGAAGAGUAUGGAUGCCUUAAUGAGACCUGGUGAACUCACUGUCGUCUUGGGUAGACCAGGUUCAGGUUGUUCUACAUUGUUGAGAACAAUCGCUACCAGAACUUACGGUUUCCACGUUGGUAAAGAAUCUAAAAUUUUAUACGACGGGUUAACUCCAAAGGAUAUUGAAACACACCACAGAGGUGACGUUAUCUAUUCCGCCGAAACUGAUAUCCAUUUCCCACAUUUAUCUGUUGGAGAUACUUUGGACUUUGCUGCUAGAUUGAGAACUCCUCAAAAUAGAGGUGAAGUUGAUAGAGAAACAUACGCCAGACACAUGGCUUCCGUCUACAUGGCAACUUAUGGUUUAUCACACACUAGAAAUACAAAAGUUGGUAACGAUUACGUCAGAGGUGUUUCUGGUGGUGAAAGAAAGAGAGUUUCUAUUGCUGAAGCCUCUUUGAGUGGUGCCAACAUUCAAUGUUGGGAUAAUGCUACUAGAGGUUUAGAUGCUGCAACUGCUUUAGAAUUUAUUAGAGCUUUGAAGACAUCCGCCGCUAUUUUAGAUGCCACUCCUUUGAUUGCCAUCUAUCAAUGUUCCCAAGAUGCUUACGACUUGUUCGAUAACGUUAUUGUUCUUUACGAAGGUUACCAAAUUUAUUACGGUAAGGCUGAGCGUGCCAAGGAAUUUUUCUUGGAAAUGGGUUACGACUGCCCUCAGAGACAAACCACCGCCGAUUUCUUGACCUCUUUGACUAACCCAGCCGAAAGAGUGGUUCAUCCAGGUUUCGAAAACCAGGUUCCAAGAACCGCAAAGGAGUUUGAAGCCUACUGGAAGAAGUCCCCUGAGUAUGCCAACUUGAUUUCUCAAAUCGAUGACUACUUCCAUGAAUGUGAAGUUGAAAACCACAAGAAAAAGUACCAAGAAUCACAUGUCGCCAGACAAUCCAGUCACAUCUCUCCUAAGUCUCCUUACACUGUUUCCUUCUUUAUGCAAACGAGAUAUAUAAUGGGAAGGAAUAUUUUAAGAACUAAGGGUGAUCCUUCGAUUACUAUUUUCUCCAUUUUCGGUCAAGCUGUUAUGGGUUUGAUCUUGUCUUCUGUCUUCUAUAAUUUGUCCAAGACAACUGGUACAUUUUAUUAUAGAGGUGCUGCUAUGUUCUUCGCUGUUUUGUUUAAUGCCUUUGCUUCCUUAUUGGAAAUUAUGACUUUGUUUGAAGCUAGACCUAUUGUUGAAAAGCACAAACAGUAUGCCUUGUACCGACCAUCUGCAGACGCGCUAGCGGGUAUUAUCACAGAAUUGCCCGUUAAACUCUGUAUGUCUAUCUGUUUCAAUUUUGUAUUCUACUUCAUGGUUAAUUUCAGAAGAAACCCAGGAAGAUUCUUCUUUUACUGGUUACUUUGUGGUACUUGUACCUUGGUUAUGUCUCAUUUGUUUAGAUGUUUAGGUGCUGUUUCCACAUCCUUAGCUGGUGCCUUAACUCCUGCCACUGUUUUGUUAAUGGCGAUGGUUAUUUUCACAGGUUUCGUCAUUCCAACACCAAAUAUGUUGGGUUGGUCAAGAUGGAUAAAUUACAUUAAUCCUGUUGGAUAUGUUUUUGAGGCUUUAAUGGUAAACGAAUUCCAUGGAGUGCACUAUAAUUGUUCUACUUAUGUACCAACUGGUCCUAGUUACACAAGUAUUUCAUCUUCUGAACAUGUUUGUUCUGCAGCUGGCUCUGUGCCAGGUGUUGAUUACGUCAGUGGUACUGAUUAUCUUGCUCAAUCAUUUGAGUACUACAAUAAGAAUAAGUGGAGAGAUUGGGGUAUUGCGCUCGCAUUCGCAGUUUUCUUCUUGGGUAUUUACAUUGCUUUGACUGAAUUCAACAAGGGUGCCAUGCAAAAGGGUGAAAUUGUUUUAUUUUUAAGAGGUUCUUUAAAGAAGGUCAAGGAAGAAAACAAGCAAAAGACAAAGGCUAAGAAUGAUAUUGAAAGUGGGGUCCAAAAUGAAAAGAUUGGCUUCAAUGACGAAAGCGAAUCUGGCAAGGAAAGCUCUUCUGAUGUUGAAGUUAGAAAAGCUCCAGGUGGAGAUAUUUUCCACUGGAAAGAUUUGACCUAUCAAGUUAAAAUUAAGACUGAAGAUCGUGUUAUUUUGAACCAUGUUGAUGGUUGGGUUAAGCCUGGUCAGUUGACCGCCUUGAUGGGUUCAUCUGGUGCUGGUAAGACUACCUUAUUGAAUUGUUUGAGUGAGCGUGUUACUACCGGUGUUAUCACUGAUGGUACUAGAAUGGUAAAUGGUCACUCUUUGGACUCUUCUUUCCAAAGAUCAAUUGGUUACGUUCAACAGCAAGAUUUACAUUUACAAACCUCCACUGUCAGAGAAGCUUUAAAAUUCUCCGCCUACUUAAGACAACCAGCACAUGUUUCUAAUCAAGAGAAGGAUGACUAUGUUGACUAUGUUAUCGAUUUAUUGGAAAUGAGUGCUUACGCUGAUGCCCUUGUUGGUGUUGCCGGUGAAGGUUUAAAUGUUGAACAACGUAAGAGAUUAACUAUUGGUGUUGAAUUGGUUGCUAAACCAAAGUUAUUGUUAUUUUUGGAUGAGCCAACAUCGGGUUUAGAUUCUCAAACUGCCUGGUCUAUCUGUAAAUUAAUUAGAAAGUUAGCUGACAGAGGUCAAGCCAUUUUGUGUACUAUCCAUCAACCUUCAGCUAUUUUGUUGCAAGAGUUCGAUAGAUUAUUGUUUUUGCAAAAGGGUGGUCAAACUGUUUACUUCGGUGAUUUAGGUGAAAACUGUUCUACCUUGAUUGAAUACUUUGAGCGUCAUGGUUCCCAUGCCUGUCCACCGGAAGCCAAUCCAGCUGAAUGGAUGUUGGAAGUUGUCGGUGCUGCUCCAGGUUCCAAGGCCAAUCAAGAUUAUUACGAAGUCUGGAAGAACUCUGAUGAAUGUAAGGCUGUUAGAGAUGAAUUGGAAACUAUGGAAAUUGAAUUAUCUAAAUUGCCAGUUGACAAUUCACCUGAUUCUCAUUUGAAAUAUGCUGCUCCUAUUUUUACUCAAUACUACCUUGUUACCAAGAGAGUUAUUCAACAAAACUGGAGAACUCCAGGAUACAUCUACGCUAAGGCAUUUUUGAUUGUUUCGUCUUCUUUGUUUAACGGUUUCUCAUUUUUCAAAGCUGGUACCUCGGUUCAAGGUUUACAGAAUCAAAUGUUCUCGAUUUUUAUGUUCUUUAUUCCAUUUAACACUUUGGUUCAACAAAUGUUAACUUACUUUGUUAAACAAAGAGAUUUGUACGAAGUUAGAGAAGCUCCUUCAAGAACGUUUUCCUGGUUUGCUUUUAUUGCUGGUCAAAUUACAUCUGAAAUUCCAUUCCAAGUUGGUGUCGGUACCAUUGGUUUCUUCUGUUGGUACUAUCCAAUUGGAUUAUAUACCAAUGCCGAACCAGAGGGUCAAGUUCAUGAGCGUGGAGCAUUGAUGUGGUUGUAUGUUUGUUCAUUCAUGGUUUACACUUCCACUAUGGGUCAAUUGUGUAUUUCAUUCAACGAAUUGGCUGAUAAUGCGGCCAAUUUAGCUACUUUGUUAUUUACUAUGUGUUUGAAUUUCUGUGGUGUCUUAGCCGGACCAAGCUUUUUACCUGGAUUCUGGAUUUUCAUGUACAGAUGUAAUCCAUUUACAUACUUGGUUCAAGGUAUGUUAUCUACUGGGUUAGCAAACACAAGGGUUGUGUGUCGUGAAAACGAAUUACUUACUUUUGAUCCAGCUAAUGGUCAGACUUGUGGUGAUUAUAUGAAAGACUAUAUUGAUACUGUAGGUGGCUACUUGGUUGAUACCAGUGCUACUUCUCAGUGUGAAUUCUGUCCUAUGAGUGAGACCAACGUUUAUUUGUUGAGUGUUAAUUCUCGUUACAGUGAAAGAUGGAGAAACUUCGGUAUUUUCAUCGCUUUUAUCGCAAUUAAUAUGAUUGGUACUGUUGCCUUCUACUGGUUGGCAAGAGUUCCAAAGGGUAACAGAGAAAAGAAGAAGAAGGAUUAA